GUCCCAUGCCUGUGUUAGAUCAACAAACACCCUUUACCUAACUGGCUAAUUCCCAAAGUCAAUAAAAUCGAAUUUGUCACGUGGCAUGUGCCCACCGUUCCUUCUUUGUAAUAUUUGGUACUACUAUUUUCCAGUUUUGGGAACUUUAGAUUUCAUAGGUCGGCUCUUCACCUUCCCCUGAUUUCUUAAAAAUAAAUCAAAAACGCAUUUACAUCCAAACAGUCAAAAUAAAAAACCUAACACACUUUUCCCAUGCACACUCACAGAGACUUCUUUAACAAUUUUCUCACAUCAAGCCUUCGUGUCUUCACACAUAAAUACACGUCUCUUCAUGCAUCUCUCGCUUCUAUAUAAGUAAGAUACAUAGAUUGACACAUAUCCUACAAAAAUUCAAACUUAAUAAAAGAUCAAAAACUUCAGUGCCUUUCUUCUUUGCUGGGAGAAUACAGAGUUCUUAAAAUUAGUUUCGUGUGGCUCAAGAAAAGUUCAUGAGUGUGUUUUAAGGUCGUUUAAUUUGUUGCUCUCAUAAAGUUAAAGUCCUUUCAAGUAACUAUGGCUCGUAUCGUAGCAGCUGAUGAUGACGACGGUAUGCAGCAGUUCUACUCCAUGGAACUAAACCCCAUCUCCUCUGUUUCCGACUCCACAUUAGGACAACUUCUAAAGAACGUAAGUGAUGUCCGUAAACUAGCCAUCGGAGACGAGACACCAGUUCACGAAUCUUACAACCAAGACAACAACGAUGAUAAUCUCACGCGUACUGUCCCCUUCGUUCUCACUUUCGACAACCUCACAUACAACGUCUCAAUCCGUCAGAAACUCACCUUCCGCGACCUCAUCCCCCGUCGCAAAACAAACGACCCCGAGAUACCUCAAACCGUAAUCCCUCCCAACACCAAAACCCUCCUCAACAACAUCUCCGGCGAGACACGAGACGGAGAGAUAAUGGCUGUUCUCGGAGCCAGCGGCUCAGGAAAAUCAACGCUAAUCGACGCAUUAGCUAACCGUAUCGCUAAAGGAAGCUUAAAAGGAACAGUGAAGCUAAACGGCGAAACUCUCCAGUCACGCACCCUAAAAGUAAUCUCAGCUUACGUCAUGCAAGACGACCUCCUCUUCCCUAUGCUAACAGUCGAAGAGACACUAAUGUUCGCAGCCGAGUUUCGUCUCCCUAGAAGCUUACCAAAGUCUAAAAAGAAGCUACGCGUUCAAGCUUUGAUCGAACAGUUAGGAAUCAAGAACGCUGCUAAGACUAUUAUCGGAGACGAAGGCCACCGUGGAAUCUCCGGUGGAGAGAGGAGACGUGUCUCUAUAGGGAUUGAUAUCAUCCACGACCCGAUUCUUCUCUUUCUUGAUGAGCCUACGUCAGGUUUGGACUCUACUAGUGCCUACAUGGUGGUGAAAGUUUUGAAGAGGAUUGCUCAGAGUGGCAGUAUCGUAAUUAUGUCGAUUCAUCAACCUAGUCAUCGAGUUCUCGGUUUGCUAAACCGGUUAAUUUUUUUGUCACGUGGUUAUACCGUGUUUAGUGGUUCUCCGGUUAGUCUCCCGCGCUUCUUCGCGGAGUUCGGGAGUCCGAUACCGGAGAACGAGAAUCGGACCGAGUUCGCGUUGGAUCUAAUCCGCGAGCUCGAAGGAUCCGCCGGAGGAACGAAGGGAUUAGUUGAAUUUAAUAAAAAAUGGCAGGAGAUGAAGAAAGAGAGUAACCGUCAGCCGCCGUUGACUCCUCCGGCGUCGCCGUAUCCGAAUCUAACGUUGAAAGAAGCGAUCGCCGCGAGUAUCAGCAGAGGGAAGCUAGUCUCCGGCGGAGAAUCCGCCGCGGCGAUCUCAACCGCCAGCGUAACUACCUUAACCGUACCUGCGUUCGCGAACUCGAUCUGGAUCGAGAUCUUAACUCUAUCGAAACGAUCGAUGCUGAACUCGAGAAGACAACCGGAGCUAUUCGGAAUCCGACUCGCAUCCGUCGUUAUCACCGGAUUCAUCCUCGCAACCGUCUUCUGGCGAAUCGAUAACUCUCCGAAAGGAGUUCAGGAGCGGUUAGGUUUCUUCGCCUUCGCGAUGUCGACGAUGUUCUACACGUGCGCCGAAGCACUCCCCGUGUUUCUCCAGGAGCGUUACAUCUUCAUGAGGGAAACGGCUUACAACGCGUACCGGAGAUCCUCCUACGUUCUCUCUCACGCCAUCGUCGCAUUCCCCUCGCUCAUCUUCCUCUCCGUUGCUUUCGCGGUUACGACGUUUUGGGCCGUGGGGUUAGAUGGAGGCCCAAUGGGCUUUUUGUUUUAUUGUUUGAUUAUUUUAGCGUCUUUCUGGUCAGGUAGCUCCUUCGUCACGUUUCUAUCGGGGAUCGUUCCGCAUGUGAUGUUGGGUUACACUAUCGUCGUCGCUAUUUUAGCUUACUUCUUGCUCUUUAGUGGGUUCUUCAUCAACAGAAACCGUAUACCGGAUUAUUGGAUCUGGUUUCAUUACAUGUCUCUUGUGAAGUACCCGUACGAAGCGGUUUUGCAGAACGAGUUCUCUGAUGCGACCAAGUGUUUUGUGAGAGGAGUUCAGAUUUUCGACAACACUCCGUUAGGGGUAUUGCCGGAGGGGAUGAAGCUGAGGCUGCUUGAUACGGUGAGCCGGUCGCUCGGGACGACGAUAUCUAGCUCGACUUGUUUGACCACCGGUGCUGAUAUUCUGACCCAGCAAGGUGUGACUCAAUUGAGUAAAUGGAAUUGCUUGCUUAUCACGGUGGGUUUUGGGUUCUUUUUUAGGGUUUUGUUUUACUUCUGUUUGUUACUUGGGAGCAAGAACAAAAGGAGCUGAUGAGAGUUACACAAGAAUGCAAAGAGACCCAAAUCAAAACAUACUUGUAUUUUCUAUUUGUAAUUCCUUGAAUUAUUUGAAUGUGAAAUGUUUUUUUUUUCAUAUAUGUAAAAGAUUAUGUUUUAUGUAUUCCCUUCCAAAGUAUUUAGACAAAAUAAGGGAUUCCAUAUUCACAGAAACGAAUUACAAAACA